UUAUAAAGUUGUUAAUAAAUGAAAAAUCAUAAGUUUUGAUAUAAAAGAAUGAUCCGAAGUAAAAGUGGCCCGAAAGUGGGGUACUAGACUUAGAAUCUAUUCGAGAUCUCAUACACACAUGGAAAAUCCAUGAUAAUAACAUCUGAUGAACGAACAGAUUCGGAGCAGUCAUUGGCAUUUGCUAAACUAAUAUCAUUCUCUGGGAGUGAAUCGAAACUGGCUCAGCGUGUACCGAGGUAUCCUACAAAAGUAUAUCACAGUUCAUAUUUCAUUAAUAGGCCACCAAUGUCUGAUGCACAUUUGAUAAUUAAGUCGACCGACCUAUUGCUGAAACAAGAAGUGAAUCCCGGAUCCGAAAUUACGAAUCCGUAACCGACGGUUGCCUGGCACUUCAAGAGGUGUACAGUAGAUACUAAUAGUUCACUUAUAAGCUCCGCCUCAAGUGCAACAUACUUCCAAUUACAUAUUUCUCCACAAUAUCAAACCCACCCCAAAAGAUAAAAUCUAUCCAAUAUAAGACAUGACAGCCUCCUCCAAGUUGCACGAUGAUUUGCUUCAUAAAAUGUCCGAACAGGUAUGCUAGCCCCCCCACUGACAUGGAGCAGUUCCCCAACGACUGGUAUGGGCAGUUGGGUUUGAUUAUCUGGGCAAUAGAGUAGUUACUCCAGUGCCCUAGGUCUGAAUUGCCCAUUCAAAAGGAUUAAAAUCAAAAUUACAUAGGAUACCAUUACAUACACACAGAAGCUAACUUCAAAUCAGAAGAACAUGAAUGGGGCGGCUGCCGGUGACUUGACUUUUGGGGAUUCAGAAACAAUUUCUGCUGUCUGGAAUGGUGUUUCCAAAUGGCUUCCUCGACGCAAUGAGGAUUGCGACUUUUGGUGGCACUCAACCGGUCCUCAACUUUGUGCUCUCCUCCACGAAGCCGGGUACAGUAUUGGCCAACAGUAUGAGGGUCUACUCUUCCACUAUCAUGUGGUUGUACCACGUCUUGGUCCACGGCCAGUAUCAUCUUCCUCUCCCGAUGGGUCGGCACAAAUAUGGAAGUCAUUCGUGCAGGACGACUUCAAAACCAUUGAAUUCAGCUGGAAGUGGGAUACUGGCAAAAAGUUAUCAAAUGGAAGAAUGUCAAAACCUGAUCUCAGAAUGGCUAUUGAAGCAAUCGGUCCCCUUGCAGGAACAGCACGAGAUCCUUUCAAUCAGAUUGCCACGAAAGAAGUUCUCCACGAGCUAGACUUCGUAAAUUCGAAAGUUGAUCUGACAUGGUUUUAUCAAAUUUAUCAUGCUAUAUUCGGGGAAUCGGAUGCCACUGAAGUAAGCAAGCAUAUUGAAGCAGCAAGCAUGGCGGAUGUGGGUACUUCAUCCUUGUUUCUUGCGUUUCAAUUUCUGAGAGGCGACCCCAAGAGCGAUUCUCCCAUUAAGUCUUACUUCAUUCCACCGCGGUCACCACAACCUGAUGGAGCUAUCAUUGAACCUCAUGAAAGAAUCAUUGCAGCCAUUCGAAGCAUAGGACAAGAAGGAAAGAGGGAAUGGACUGCGUUAGAUCAAAUGCUAUCAUUCUUGAGUGACAACGAGAAUGGAAGACAAUUGUCUACUCCUUUCAUGGUCUCGACUGAUUGUAUGAUUUCUUCAGCAUGCCGAUUAAAGAUAUACUUUCGCACACCUAGAUCGAGCUUUGAUUCGGUAGUAGAUAUUCUUAGUAUGGGAGGAAAGCGAAACGGAUUUGAGAAGAACUUCCAGGAGUUAAAGGAUCUUUGGCGUUUGGCCCUCGACCUUCCAGUUGAAUUCUCGACAUCUGAGGACCUGCCUCUACGAAAGCAUACUACUAGUGGUAUGUGCUACCAUUUUGAAAUUCAUCAAGCAAGCGCGCUUCCAGAUAUCAAAUUGUACAUACCAACCAAGCACUAUGGAAAGUCGGACAUGAAGGUUGCUGAAGGACUCACCAAAUUUCUUGAACUGUAUAGAAGAGGAAAUUAUGCAAGCGGGUACAUCAGAGCACUCAAACGAUUGGCGCCCCUCCAUCAGCUCGAGUCAUCUUCCGGCGUUCAAUCAUACAUAUCUUGUGCAUUUGACAAAGAAAGUCUAAGUAUCACGACCUAUUUUAAUCCUUACGUCCCCCUUGCCGAUUGAAACGUCUGUUAUUAGCAAGCUCUCGGAUGAUAGAACUCGUGGAAUUAGUAGGGUCAUGGUGGCCAAGUAGACAUUUGGUCUGGAGGGAUCUAUCGUGGUUGGAUAUUUGACAUAUGGUUACCUACGCUUGUAUCAUAAGUUCUCUUUGUCAGCACAGCAAACAGAAGUUCCUUCAGAGCAGGACUCUUAUCAGGAAACUUCUCCUUUUCAUUUAAGGUUAUCGAUCGAUAUCUAUUCUACGUCCUAUGGUUGUGUGAUGAUAGUAGUGUUAUAUUAUGAUUGAUACCAUAGCCGUGUAUUAAUGUGAACUUAUGGAAGCAUCUCCGUAAAUUGAAAGCCUAGAAUGCAUGAUCUUUUGAUGAAUAAAGAU